AUGGCAGCAAAGGAGAUGCCACGGACACUCGUCAUUGACAGAGCGGAUGCGGAAACUUGGAAUCGCGACCUGAUGGAAGCUUUCCGACAGGCGCUGGAGAAAGACCCCACAGCGGAUCUUCUCUCUGUUGUCGACACAAGAUAUACCUCUGCACAUCGCUCGGGUCAAUAUGCGGGGCUAUCCGAGGCCGCGAGACUAAAUCGCAAAACCGUUGACCAGAUCGGAGUCCUAUUACAUUAUCAACCCGAAGCCAACCUGCGCGAAAUGAUCCCCACGAGCUACGAUCGCUUAUAUAGAUGGGCCAACCCGAAGGAGGAACUAAAGGCACCAUCCCAACCCGCGCGAGAAGCACUUGACUGGCUUCGCCAGAUCAUCGAUCCCAUCACUACUGCAACCAUAGUGUACCCAUUAUCUACCCGGGCGUCGGAACUACUCAAUCAACCUUUGACGGCGGACGGCAUGUCUGGAACAUCAACGCUGGCUUCAACACUGAAGGAUUUGUGCCUGAAAUCCGACAUAAUAUUCGAACUAAGCAUCAGAAAAGGUGCUGUCUUGAAGUGCAGCGAAGACCUGAUCAUCAAAACAUUUCCUAGCAGCCGAGGCUUCACUGAAUACCACAAUCUUCAGUACCUGGCCGAGAAGACUCCCGACCUACCAAUCCCCAAGCCACAUGGUCUCAUAAUGCUUGAUAGUAUCGGUAUCAUGCUCAUGUCAUAUGUUCCAGGCACCACCCUGCAGAAAGUAUGGCCGAGCUUAUCACCCGAUGGGAAACUCUCCAUACAAAAGCAGCUGGAGGAAAUAUUCUCCCGCAUCAGAGAGAUACGCCAGGACGACGGAAUCGAACUAGGUGAUGCGCAAGGAGAAGGAGUCAAAGACGAUCGCAUCAUGGACAUGUUCUCACGCAAAGGCAUAACCAUGGCCAGGGACUUCGACAAGCUCCAGUUCUCGGCAAAGCAUCGCGCUAGUCCCUUCUACGUGAAGUUACUUCGAUCUUUCUUGGAGGAGGAUUGCAAAACCCUACAGGGGUCUGUAUUUACCCACGGGGAUUUGAAGAAGUCAAAUAUCAUGGCGCAAGAAGAUCCAGAAAAUGCCGGCCAUUUUGUGAUCACCGGAAUUAUCGACUGGGAAGACAGCGGUUUCUAUCCGGAGUACUACGAGGCCACGAGGCUAUCGAGUGGACAGAGCAUCGACCAUGACGAUGAUUGGUAUCUGUAUUCGCCGCACUGUAUCUCGCCCUUGCGCUUCCCCGUGCGCUGGCUGGUUGACCGACUCUGGGGCAACCUCUUAUGGAAUUGGAUGACUGAUGUGGGAGAGCCGCUGAUUCCACCAGACUUCACGCCCAUGACUCCCGUUUCGCGGCAACCGCCUUCUUGUUCUUAG